AUGAGUUUAAAACCCUUCACCUACCCAUUUCCAGAGACAAGAUUUCUUCAUUCAGGAUCCAAUGUAUAUAAAUUGAAAAUCAGAUAUGGCAACAGCAUCAGAGGGGAAGAUAUAGAAAAUAAGGAAGUCGUCGUCCAGGAGCUGGAGGAUUCCAUUCGUGUGGUCUUGGGAAAUUUGGACAAUCUGCAGCCAUUUGCUACAGAACACUUCAUUGUAUUUCCCUAUAAAAGCAAAUGGGAGAGAGUGUCCCGCUUGAAAUUCAAACACGGGGAAAUCGUCUUGGUCCCCUACCCAUUUGUUUUGACUCUAUACGUGGAGAUGAAAUGGUUUCAUGAAAACCUGUCACCUGGGAAACCAAUAAAGGACAGUCCUCUUGGGUUGGUCCUAGCUGAGAAGAAAGCAGCAGGAGCCAUGAAGAAGAAACGAAAACGCAUGGAAGUGUCCAGCUCCCCCAGCAGGCCAGCGCUGGACAGGGCCAAGAUAAGGACUUCCAACCAAGGUUCCAGCAACAAGAAGCUCCUUAUGGAAACCAGGAGGAGCAGGGAAAGAGACACCCAGCAGGAAUAUCAGGAGACUCCAACAUUUGAUGGCACUGAUGUCCAGGAACGGGUUUUCUGGUGA